AUGGCCAGCAUCGAAACACUCAAAUCCGUUCUGAGGCAGAAGGCCAUGGCGGCCGCAGCAUCAACGCAGACAUUAUCAGACGAAAAUUACAGGGAUGGGUUCGAGAUAAUGGCUAAGGACUCGGGAUGGAUCAGCUAUCAGGACUUUAUCAUCCCUCAAUUGUCGAGGUUGCUGACACCCCUCCUCGAUUCGAGGGAUUGGAUAUCAGUGCUGGAAAUUGGUCCUGGACCCAAGAGUAUACUUGGACACCUACCCAAGUCCCUGAGACAAAAGAUCGGAGGAUACACCGCAUUUGAACCUAACGAUCUCUUUGCUACCGCCAUGGAAAAGUGGCUCUGUCCCAACUCAGAAACAGAGUUGCCCUUUCCACGCCUGAAGAGUUCUGUCAAUAUCCAUCGAGUGCCAUUUUCCAUACACCCCGAAAUGAAGACGGAUAAAUGCAGUGUUACACAUCAGAUUGGUGAAAAGUACAACUUGAUACUAUUCUGUCACAGCAUGUACGGCUUGAAUCCCAAAUCAAAGUUCAUCGAAAAAGCACUGAAUAUGCUCGUUGAAGAUCAUGAAGGCGGAAUAGUGGCCGUCUUCCAUCGCGAUGGGCCAGACUUCGGCAAAUUAAUAUGUCAUCGAGUGGCUUUAUUUCCUCUAGGAGAGCUCUCCGUACCAGAUGAUGACAAUGCACUGGACAGUUUUGCUCCGUUGGUUGCAGGAUUCAGCUUGCAUGACAGAGAGGCAAAUAGGGCUACCAGGAUGGAAUGGCGUGAAGCAUGCCGAUCCUUAGGUCGACGCCCAGAGAAUCAUUUAAAGCAGCUUUUCUUUAGCUCGCCCCAAUUGAUGGCAGCCUUCACCAAGCAUUCGGAUUCACUCCCAGAGCUAACUGCUCGGGUUCCUUUUGUGGAGAACAUACGAGUUAAGAACUGGGAAGCUCGCCACCACCGUCCCGCGGUGAUCGUUAAACCGACGGAGAUUCAACAGGUCCAAGAUUCUGGGACCAACCCGGAUAGUACGCCGCUCGUCGUCGCUGAAGCGGGCUGCAAGGCAGGAGAUAUUGUCCGUAAAACCAUGGAAGCCGGCGUGACCGUGCCUUUAGGUGCUCGCCCAAGUACCGGGGCGGGGCUGUGGCUACAAGGUGGCAUUGGUCAUCUGGCUAGGAUGUAUGGGCUCACAUGCGAUGCCAUUGUCGGUGUCGUUGCUGUCAGUGUUCGAUCAGGCCGAGUUCUCUGCAUUGGCGAUGUACCUGGCGAACACCGCCCAGUGGGUGCUGUCUAUCCGAAAAACCAGGCCGACCUUUUAUGGGCAGCAAAGGGCGCUGGGACGAACAUUGGCAUAAUAAUCAGUGUGACCUUCAAAGCCUUUGCCGCUCCGAUGUACCUGGUUCGAAGAUGGAGUGCUCCAUUGAGGGAUGAUCAGCAUGCGCAGCAUCAACUGAGCGCUUUUGACCAAGCUCUGGCGGGGAAGCUACCAGGUAAUUGCUCAGCAGAUGCAUAUCUCUACUGGGAAAAUGGCCAGAUUCACCUUGGCGUGACGGUCUUUGAAUGCUCAAUACCUGGACGUGAUUUGGAACCCCUUUCACCUGUUUCUCUUCCUAUGGGCACCACAUCCAGAUCAGAAGAUAAUCCGAGGGUUAUGAACGGCGUGGAAGUCUUUGACGCCGAUAUGUACAUGUCCGGAAUGCAUGGCGGGCAUGGUGGUAACAAGACCAAUUCGUUCAAGCGCUGCUUGUUUUUAACCAGCAUCUCAUCGCGAAACCUGUCCGCGACGUUGGUCCGGGCUAUCAACACUCGUCCAACCCCAUUCUGCUACCUCCAUUUGCUCCAUGGUGGUGAGGCGGUCAACAACGUGGCACCUGAUACGACUGCCUUCGGGUGUCGCGGUUGGGACUAUGCUUGUGUCGUGACAGGCGUGUGGUCCCGAAACGACGAUACCACGGAAAAUUCCCGAGAUGUCGUGCAAUGGGUAUACCGAGUGGCUGCGGACUUACUACCUCUGAGCUGUGGGGUAUAUGGCGCAGAUUUGGGGCCCGACCCAAGAGACGUGACACUGGCAGCUAGGGCGUUUGGGGCGAAUCUGCAGCGCCUAGCCUACCUCAAGCAUACCACCGAUCCAUCCGAUGUCCUGGCUUAUACGUCUCCACUACCGAAAGUGUCAACAGCACAGAAGCUCAUUAUUCUGGUCACUGGUGAAAGCGGAGCCGGAAAAGACUUCUGUGCAAACAUCUGGGUUUCUGUAUUCACCGAGAAUACUCAGAAAAGGGUCGUGGCACGCGCUGUCAGCAUUAGCGAUGCGACCAAGCGAGAAUAUGCCGUAGCCACCGGUGCCAAUUUGGAGUGCUUGCUUCAGGACAGAGCUUACAAAGAGCAACAUCGAUCCAGGUUAACGGAGUUCUUCCGGGACCAGGUCCGACAACGGCCGCAUCUUCCCGAGGAGCAUUUGCUUGAUGUGGUGCAGAAGGCUGCAGACGUUGAUGUUCUAAUAAUUACAGGUAUGAGGGAUGGAGCUCCGGUUGCAGCUAUGUCGCAUUUAGUGCCUGCUACUAGAGUCCUGGAGGUACAUGUCAGAACGACUGACAACAUCCGAGAGGACCGACGGCAGGGUAUCACUGAUGCUACUAAUACUUCAAAUCCAACUUUCUUGAGACACUGCCCCACCUUUGUAUUCGAGAAUCACCAAAAUGGAAAGGGCGGGGCAAGAUUGUUUGCAGAGAGCAGUUUGCUUCCAUUUCUCAGUGAAGAUUUCCAGCGGCUCGCCCAGAUGGUUGGUCGUGUGCCCAACUUUCCGCGGCCAGGCGUUGAGUUCCGCCAUGUCUUGAACAUUGCCGAGCAACCUGGUGGGCUAGCCCUAUGCAUCUCUUUGAUGCAGUCUUCUUUCACAGGGAACUGGAACAGUGUUGAUUUGAUAACCUCUUGUGAGACUGGGGGGUACAUCUUUGCUUCAGCACUUGCCUUACAGGUUAACGUCCCCUUCACGCCGAUCCGUGAAGCAGGAAAGUUACCUCCACCCACCAUAAGAGCCCCUAUCCAUGCCUCACAUAUAUCUGCCUUGGCAUCUCAGUCUCCCAAAGUAAGACACAUUGAGGUUUGCAGGGAUGCGAUCCAGAGGGCUGGGUCAGUAGUGGUGGUAGACGACGUACUCGCGACUGGGAACACACUUUAUUCUGUCUUACAGCUUCUUAGAGAAUCUGAUAUCUGUUUGGAUCGUGUCAAAGUCAUGGUGGUCGUUGAAUUUCCUGUUCAUCGUGGCCGGCGACUGCUGCAGGAGCGCGGAUUUGGCAAAGUUCACAUACAAAGCCUCCUGACAUUCGAUGGUUUUUGA